ACCGCCCCGGGCCCCUCUGCCCGCCCGCCCCGGGGCCGCGCCGCGGGACGGCUCCGCAGAGCAGCUUCGAGCAGCGCCGCAGCUCCCGCCCGGGUCCAGGCUCUGUGUGGCUGUAGGAGGAGUUUGAGGUCACCUCCCCCUCCGAGGCGCUGCCGGCAGAUUCCCCGCCCGAGGUCCCCCCGCUGGUGCCAGGAUGUCGAGCAAGCGUGCCAAGGCCAAGACCACCAAGAAGCGCCCCCAGCGCGCCACCUCCAACGUCUUCGCCAUGUUUGACCAGUCGCAGAUCCAGGAGUUCAAGGAGGCCUUCAACAUGAUCGACCAGAACCGCGACGGCUUCAUCGACAAGGAGGACCUGCACGACAUGCUGGCCUCGCUGGGGAAGAACCCGACGGACGAGUACCUGGAGGGCAUGAUGAGCGAGGCGCCAGGGCCCAUCAACUUCACCAUGUUCCUCACCAUGUUCGGGGAGAAGCUGAACGGCACCGACCCGGAGGACGUCAUCCGCAAUGCCUUCGCCUGCUUCGACGAGGAGGCCUCGGGCUUCAUCCAUGAGGACCACCUGCGGGAGCUGCUGACCACCAUGGGGGACAGGUUCACGGACGAGGAGGUGGAUGAGAUGUACCGGGAGGCGCCCAUCGACAAGAAGGGCAACUUCAACUACGUGGAGUUCACUCGCAUCCUGAAGCACGGCGCCAAGGACAAGGACGAUUAGAGCCCUCCCCUGCCGCCCCCGCCCCUCUGCCCCUCGCUGCCCCACAGCAGGCUGCACCACGCCAAGCACUGCCCAGACCUGCACCCCACACCGGGCCACGCUUGGAGGGCAGACACUCCUGUCACCGUGCCACCCAGUGCCCAUCCAUCAGCCCCAGACCUCCCCUCCCACACAGCCUGCCCCGCGGGCACCCCCAGCCUGGCCGAGCAGCCACUGGCACCCCUGGAGACAGCGUGGUGGUGCUGCUGGUCCCUGGGGCCAAAGUGAGGCUCCCGGGGGGGCUGGCUCAGACCUGAGCAGUCCCCAUCUCAGGGCCACAGCGCAGAGAAAGGACCUGCCCCUCCUUCCGCACUCCCUUCCUCCGUGAGAGGACCCCACUUUGCUCCCCCUCCCUGCCUGCCUUCUGAGGGCCGGGGGAAGCAGAGCAGUGUAUAAACCUGACGGGUGUGUUCUGGA